AUGAGCCAUAUCCGAGUCAAAGCAAACAGGUACAAUUACUGUGUUGCUCUUUUCGUCUGCCUUGGAUCGUUUACUUAUGGAUUCACCUCCGGCAUCUUCGGCACGGUAAUCGGACAGACAUCAUGGUGGAAUUACUUCAAUCUCGCGAUGGAUUCGUCUUAUGGCGCCGUCAUUCUCGAUCUGUGUAAUGGCCUGUUCUAUGCAGGUGGGUUUCUCGGUUGCUUGACCGUGAAUUGGUUGUCAGAUACAUUCGGACGCCGUCGGGCAAUUCAAAUAAUCAUGACAAUUUGCAUAAUUGCAGCUGUCAUCCAGACCUCUUCAGUUCAUGUUGCGAUGCUCAUCGUCGGCCGUUGUCUGGGAGGCAUUGCAGCAGAUAUGAUAAACUGUACAGUUCCGACAUAUAUUUCGGAGAUUUCCCCUCCAUCCCAGCGCGGACGGCUUGUUGGUUUCCACGGUGUGUGGACACUAGUUGCGUUUGGCUUGGUAAAUUGGGCGGGUUUGGGAACGUACUUUAAAGCUAAUCCAAAUAUACAAUGGCGACUUCUGUUUGGACUUCAACUUGUCGCGCCGCUUGUGCUUCUUGCUGGGAGUUUCAAGCUUCCCGAGUCCCCAAGAUGGUUGAUAUCUCGUGGGCGUGAUAAAGAAGGGCUGGAUAUACUUGAAAGGCUCCAUGAGAAUCCAGCUGAUCCAUUACACUGCGGCGCGAAAGAUGAAUUUUUCCAAAUCAAAAAUCAGCUGGCACAAGAUAAUGAAGAGUCCUUGCGAAAUUUGUUUCAACUGCUACGAAACAAAAAGUACAGAUCGCGGCUCUUGACUGGAUUCUUCUUGCAGGCAAUGACGCAGACAUCGGGGAUUCUAAUUGUUGAGCUUGCCAAUCUCAAUGUUAUUGGAUGGAAACCCUUGAUGAUUACUGGGUUCUACAACAGCUGGGCUGCAUUCUUGAACGUGAUUAACUCCUUUACUGUGGAUCGAGUUGGACGAGUCCGCGCCGGUGGAAUUCUCUGCGUGUCCAUCGUCGCUGCACUCGUUGCCCACUAUGGCACGCCAGACAAUACGAACCUUGCAGGUGCAGGUGCAGCAAUUGCUUUCAUGUUCCUCUUUGUUACGUUCUAUGGAAGCUGCGUCGAUGCAUCCAGCUAUAUCUUCUGUUCGGAGAUUUUCCCAACACAUAUCCGCGCACAGGGUGUCGGAAUGGCGACCAGCGGUGUUUUUCUAAUGAAUGCAGUCUAUCUUACGGCAGCUGGCACAGCGUUUACCAAAAUUGGCUGGAAGUUCUACCUGGUGUUCAUUAUCAUCCCUGCCCUAGCAUUGCCUAUCAUCUGGCGUUUCUUCCCGGAGACUAAAGGCUUGACACCUGAGGAAAUUGGCGCAUUGUUCGGAGAUGAGCCAGCUGUUGGUACCAACCACAUUCAGGAGUUGAGCGAAACGUCAGUUGACGAGAGGAUCAAAGUCUAG